AGAGUGCGUUGAAACUAAUACUCCGAAUUUAUAGUUCCUUCCUUGUCAUUUCUGUCAAUUUGUUUUAAAAAAAAAGAAUUAGGUCACGGAUUUACUUUCUUUAUCUGGUUAUAAUCAGUUAUAAUGACAGUUAGUGAUUAUUCAAUUCAUUGACUUUAUUGCAAUGAAAGAAUUUUUUACACAUUGUGGAACAAUUGCCAAGUUUAUACUUGUCAAUGUUGUUGCGGAAGGUUGCGGUCAUCAUUAAUAAUAUACAUAAAUAAUGUUUGAAAUCUUUUUUUAAUGUAUAUAAUUUCUUAAAUCGUUAAUAGAAAAUUAAUUUGUGAAAAUGUAAAUGUGUAAGUGUUGUGAGUGUUGGACAGGAAACGUGUUUUCUGACGAUCACAAUUGACUUAUUUUUUGGGUAUGAAUGGACAAGUGCAAUCUUCACGAGAUAGGUUAGGUGGAUUUAGUAGCAGUAGCACUACGUGGUUUACAAGUCUUGUACCAACAGAUCAUGUUUCGACUGUUCAGCAAAUCAUACCGAUCACCAAGAGUGAAAUCUCUUUGGAUGAUUCUACUGCUUCUUCUGAAGCUGACAGCAAAGUGAAAACAAAACUUCUCUCCAUGUGGUACAAUGUUAAAUACGGAUGGACCGUAAAGAUGAAGACGAAUUUUUCCAAGGAAUCGCCAGUAUGGUUAUUGGGUUCCUGUUAUCAUAAAAAAGCUUUUGAAUCGUUAGAAAAAGCUUCUGAAGCUGUGGACGUGGAAACUGGCAGUGAAAUUUCAUUGGCAAUAGACGCAGCAAAUUAUGAAGAAGGAAUUGAUGGAUUCAAGAGGGAUUUUAUUUCUCGUAUUUGGUUAACCUAUAGACGAGAAUUUCCGAUUUUAAAUGGUUCUACUUUUACCUCUGAUUGUGGAUGGGGAUGUAUGUUAAGAAGUGGGCAAAUGAUUUUGGCACAGGGAUUAGUUUGUCAUUUUCUUGGCAGAGAGUGGCGAUGGCAGCCGGAACAACGGAUAUUGACAAAAGAGGAAAAAGAGGAAGACGCGAAGCAUCGAAUGAUUGUCAAAUAUUUUGCCGAUCAAACUGGACCGGAAUCUCCGUUUUCUAUUCACAGUCUCGUUUCAUUGGGUGCUUCAACUGGAAAAAGAGCUGGCGAUUGGUAUGGACCAGUGUCCGUUGCACAUAUUUUGAGUCAAGCUGUAAAAUCAGCAGCAACGUCUCAUAGUGAAUUUAAAAAUUUAGCGAUUUACGUCGCUCAGGAUUGUGCAGUUUAUUUAGAUGACGUGAGUCAAUUGUGUGAAACAUCUGAUGGCAAAUGGAAAUCACUAAUUCUUCUUGUGCCUUUGAGAUUGGGCAUUGAUAAAUUAAAUCUUAGUUAUGUACCAUGUCUCACAGCUUUACUUAGUUUAGAAUAUUGUAUUGGAAUUAUUGGCGGUCGUCCUCGUCAUUCACUUUAUUUUAUUGGAUAUCAAGAGGACAAAUUAAUUCAUCUUGAUCCGCAUUAUUGUCAGGAAACUGUUGACAUGUGGAAAUCGGAUUUUUCACUAUCGAGUUUUCACUGUACAUCGCCUAGGAAAAUGCUAGUUUCAAAAAUGGAUCCCAGCUGUUGCGUUGGAUUUUACUUAAAUGAUAAAUCAACCUUCGAACAUUUCGUUAAAAUGGUCGAACCGUUUCUCGUUCCAUUGAGUCAAAAGGACGAAUAUCCAAUGUUUCUGUUUUGUAAUGGACAUGGAACUGACGUUCAGUCAAAUUUGGACGACGACAAAAGUCAUUAUUCAUCGUCAAUAUCGACAAACGUUCGUGAAAUGAAUGAAGAUAACACACACUGUGAAUGUGAGGAGUAUGAAGUUUUGUAGGAAAAAUUCUUUUAUGAAGAGAAUUGAAAAGCGUUUGUACUUAAAGUCUUAUUUUGAAAAUCGAUUGUAUUUCUCAAAAAAAAGACUCUUUUUGGUUGGUUUAAUUCCUUUCAAGUAUGGGAUAUUUUUUUUUUUUUUUUUUUUUUUAUUAUUAAAUAAUCGGAAAGGUUGCUCAAUCGUUACUUACAGUAUGAAGAAUGCCCGAUAAAAAAAAGAAAAUAGUAGUAGCUUUAAAACUUUCACGAAAAAAAAUUUCGGAUAAUCUUCACUUAAAAAAAAAAAAAAAUGGUUAGUACGUUAACAACAAUUAUAUAAUUCCCUUGCUUCAAAUCAGAAGAUUUUAUCCUUUACUCAUUUAAUGAGAAAAUUUGUAAAUUAUUUGAAAAUAUCUUUAAGAUUAUUGAAAAAAAAAGAAACAAAGAGGAAGUAUGUCCACAUUAUUUUAUCUAAAUUAGAUUAAUUUUAAAUUUGCUGGACAAUAUUUUCUUUCUCUUUUCGUUCAUUCAUGAUCUCAAAAUCUAUUUUUACCGCGCAAUGACACAGGAUAAAAUUUUCUUACCUGUUAAAAAAAAAUAUAUUUUUUUUUUUACUAUACUUUGAUAAUUUUGUUUAACAAAUUUGUUUAUUUUGAAAAAAUUUAUUAGUUAAAGAAAAUUAUGUAUUUUUUUUUUAUUAGACUUUUUUUGAAGUAUACAUUUUUUUAUAUUAGUUAUUUCAUAGAGAAAAUAAAUGAUUUGGAUCAAGAAUUUAUUUGUAUUAUCAGAAACUAAUUGUGAUUUUGUUUUUUUUUAUGAAAAAAAAAAUGUUUUUGAAGCAAAUAUAAGUUUAACUGUCAAAAUAUUUUUUCAAUAUUUUGAAAAAGUACUUUCGAAUAAUGUAAUUUAAACUGAUUUAAUUGAGGAGUAUUUAAUUUUUUUUUAAACAUGCUCUUUACAGAGAAAAGAGAAUUUUCUUAUUGUAUUGUACUUUUUUCGCGAGCGCUUUUAAGAAAACUCGAAUUUUUUGAAUUCUCGAGUUCUUUAAACAAACUCUUUCGCACUGCAGAAUAUAUUAUCAGGAUAUAAGUAUGCGUGCAAAUGUGGCUAUGAUUACAAAUUUUAAUUAAUCUGAUUUAAGUACUUAGAAAAACUUUAUUUCUAUAUUUUAAGUUAUUUAUUUAUUAAUGAUUACUAUUAUUUUCCAUUUAUUUAACUUGCCACGUAUCGUGAGAAGUUAAAGGAUAGAUAAUAAAACAACAACAGAUUUUACUUGAUAGUUUGUUGUAAAUUUCAAUAAAAUGAAAAUUUCGUCCUAUAGAAAUCAGGAAAAGACAGUUACGAGCUUUUAAUUAAAUAAUAUUGUAUUUUUUCUGAAAAUUCUUGUAAUCCAAAAAAAAAAAAAUCUUUGUAAAAAGACAAUGUUGCGCGUAAUGUUAGAACAAAUAUUUUAUUGGAACCACAGUUUCUGAAUAUAUCACAAUAAAAUUUCUUUUAUCAAAGAUA